CAUUACCUGGACGGGACAAAAAUGGACGGAAAAUUAUCAUGAUGAAAGGUGGAAAUACCUCUAACUCUGGCAAAGAGUAUGGCCCCGAUGACAUAAUACGUGGAUUUGCCGUUCUCCAUGACUUUAUGUGUCGAGACGAAAAUAUUCAAGUGAAUGGUUUCGUCUACAUUCUGGAUCUGGGUGGAUUCUCCAUGGGUCACGUGACAUUCAUGGGCCCAGAGACCUUCACAAAAGCAACAAACUGCUGGAUGAAAGCCCAUAGCGGCAGAAACAAGGAGCUGCAUUUCUACAACGGGGGCCAGAUGUUUGACGUUCUUUACGGAUUUCUUAAGCAGGCAUUCUCAAAAAAGAUUCAAGAUAGGGUUGUUAACCACGGAAACAACUUCAGCUCUAUCUACAAAUACGUAGACAAAUCUAUGCUUCCGGAAGAGUAUCUACCCGACGACUAUGACGGACCGUGCGCUGGACCAAAACAGAAAAUACUAGACGAAUACUUGGUGUCACUGAAAUCGUCUGAGUUCAGAGAGUACAUGGCUACGCUCACCAAUGGACAAUACUUUGUGGAUUCCGCCAAGAAACCUAAGAAAGGUCAACAGGAGAAUGCGUCUUUCAGGCCUCUGGUUAUGUCUUAGGAUUUAGUUUCCGGAAGUUAACGUAUGCCAUACGUUGUGGCUGUAAGUCUAGAGGUUUGACAGGUAAAUAUCGAAGGACGGUGGUUUGCUUUGGGAGCUCAGGUUUUCACCAGCAAUAAACUUGACCCCGCCAUUGUAUAAGUUAAAAAUUUUCCACUGUGGCAUUAAA